UCAGCUUCAGACUCAUUUUAAACGUUAAACCAUCUACAGCUUUAUCUUGGUUCUCUCUUUCUUUGAUCAUCUCUCUCUGUUUUUUUCCUCUAUGGAAUCUCUGAAACAAGCUUCUUCUGCUUCUGAGUUCUGCUACCAUCAAGGCUUCUCAGGCGUUCUCCAAGUGUUUGUUCACAACGCAAGGAACAUCCACAACAUCUGUAUCUACGAUAACCAAGACGUCUACGCCAAAUUCUCUCUCACAUACAAUCCUGACGAUACCAUCUCCACCCGAAUCAUCCACAGAGCAGGCAAAAACCCUGAAUUCAACCAGAAGCUUAUGAUCGAUGUGACUCAGAUCGAUGCUCAUGCUGCAGUUCUCAAAUGUGAGAUCUGGAUGAUGAGCAGAGCCAGACAUUACAUGGAAGAUCAGCUUCUUGGUUUCGCUCUUGUUCCAAUCUCAGACAUCAUAGGUCAAGACAGUGUCACUCAAGACUACAGUCUCUCCUCCACCGAUCUCUUCCAUUCCCCGGCUGGUACCGUGAAGCUCACGCUUUCCAUUGUUAACCCUUCUUCUUCAUCUAAUCCCAAGAUUAACACCACUUCAAUUUCUUCCGAGGUCGUGUUGCUUGACCCACAAGUCUCUGAAACAGUGGAUUACACGAGGAUCGAGUUCCCUGACAUCAAUGUUGUUAACGAGAACAAACAAAUGGUUACAGAGUACUUCAAUGGAUCCGGCAGCGCUUCUUUUCUCUGUCUCGGCUCAACACAUGGACCAGAAACGGACAUAACAAUGGUUUGCUCGGAUGAGAAAGAGCUUUAUGGAAAUGGAAGCUUCAUGGCUUCUUCUUCAACAACAACAAGCUUAAGCGACGACAAGAACACAGCAGAUUCAAACGAGAAAGAGAAUCGAGAGAUUACAGAAGUAUCAAGAAGAAGAAGCAAAGAAGGUGAAGAAGAAGAGGAAGAGAAUAAGAUGAAUGAAGAAACAACAAUGCAGAAACAGAUAGCAGAGAUGUAUAUGAGAAGUAUGCAACAGUUCACUGAGUCUUUGGCAAAGAUGAAGCUUCCCAUGGAUCUUCAUAACCCACAGGAGGAAGAUCUCAGUAACAAUAACAACAGUGCAACACAGAUUCAGAAUCAGAAUAAUAAUAAUAGUAAUGGAAUAGAGAAGAAAAAAGAAGGGUCUCGUGUGUUUUACGGUAGCAGAGCAUUCUUUUAAUGGAAUCAACAACAACAUUGCAAAUAAGUUGUUUAACAUUUU